AUGCGUCUGUGGUUCCUUUCUGUAUUUUUACUCCUUACUUGUCAAGUGGAAUUUUCAAUCAGUCACAGUGACAUUAGAAAUGUUGCCUAUGGGGCAUCAGUUUUCCAUGUUUCUUCACAUCCAGUUCAUGCAGCAUCUUAUGCAGUCAAUGGUCUCCUAACAGACUUUUCCUGUACAAACAGCGGGAAAAAUCCAUGGCUUCGGAUUGACCUAGGAAGGAACUUUAAAAUACGCCAAAUAGAAGUCUUUGCCAGAGGUGACUGCUGUGCUGGACACCUUCAUGACUUCAAUGUUAAAGUGGGCAAGGAUGUUGAUCAGAUGCAUACUUGUGGCCACUUUACGGGUCCUGUGAGAGUUGGGGAACGCAUUACAAUGUGGUGUCCGACAGGCACGGUAGCCCGAUAUGUACAAAUACAGAUUGUUAAGGGAUGGCAUAACUAUUUGUGCCUUGCAGAAGUUCUUGUUUGGGGACACUUAUAACUGUUAAAGCAAUAAA